AUGUUCAUUGUUUCUGAUAGGAUGAACCAAGACUUCAGAUUGGCUUUCCUGUUCAACAGUGAUGCCCUCCGAUUCACCCGCCUCUUCAGUGAACGCCAGGACAGGAUGCAGCAGUUCUUGGCACAGCUGGAAGAGGGCGCUGUUCAGUUGGACAGAAUGAAGAUGGGGUUGAAUAUUUCCAGUGUGGUGGGCAGCUCAGUUGGGCUGGUUGGAGGGGUGCUUUCCAUUGUUGGCCUGGCAAUUGCCCCACUGACAGCAGGAGUAUCUUUGACCCUCACAAUGGUCGGGGUGGGACUGGGCGUGACGAGUGGAGUCAACAGCAUUACCACGGGUGUUACUGAGCUGGCAGUCAAUGCUCACCAAGGGGAGAAGGUUAAUGGUGUCUUCCAGAGCUUCAUGGAGGAUGUGAAAACCCUGUUGGAAUGCCUGAAUCAAGUUGCCAACUCCCGUGUAAUGAAAAUGGAACCUGACAAAGUGGAUACUGUGGUGGGUGCAGGGAAAGUCGUUGUAAGGACUGGCGUACUUGCUAAAAGCAUUGACGCCAUUGUAGAUGGUACUUCUGCCCUGAAGAUACUGAAAACCAAAGAAGCCAUGGAUACUGUGGUGGGUGCAGGGAAAGUCGUUGUAAGGACUGGCGGUGCUGCCCGGAAUUUACCGAACAUGCCCUCUGAGCUUGCUGACUUUGGGAAAGUUGCCAAGGGCACUCCCCUCGCUCUCGCAAAGUCAGCAAGAGCUGGCUUUAUUGCCCUCAAUUCGGUCUUUGUUGGACUGGAUCUCUUUUUCAUCUGCAAGGACAGCAUUAACCUGGCUAAAGGCAACAAGAGCGAUGUUUCCAAGAUCAUCAGAGGUCGAGCACGGCUGUGGCAGUCUGAGCUGGAUUCAUGGCAGAGAAUCCACGACUCUCUGUGUAGAGGAAUACGGUUGUCAGAGGAGUCUACAUGA